CGUUGCCCUGGUGUUCCCGGGGAGCCAGCAGAGGCGAGAAAUUGAGUGUUAUUUAUUGUCGCCGCGCCACCUUAACCACACGCCGAGCUCUGCAGUAGUGAAAAACAGUGCCCCGCCUUCGCGGCCAGCGCGUGUAAAAGUGGGAGGAAAAGCUCUUUCCGAAGGCGCUUCUGCACACAAAACUCUUCCUGGAGUCGCAGCGUCGCUCCAAAAACCAUUACUAAUUACCGGCGGGACGCGUUUUCUCCGACGAACUCGUGACGCUCGAAUGUUCUUCUUCUUGUCACCGAACCGCGCCGCGUUUGAAGUGACUGAAAGGACUAAAGGAGCGCGAUAAAAACUAAGCGCCGUUAGUUCGGGAGCAGAUUGUGUUUCAGUGCCCUGUUGUCGGCAUGUCUGGGAAGCAGGAGGAGACGUUUGUGAGCCCGUUUCACAGACCGCGCUGCCUGGCAGCCGCCGCCCCAGCCGGGAAAGCCAAACUGACCCACCCGGGAAAGGCGAUUUUGGCAGGUGGGAUUGCUGGAGGGAUUGAAAUCUGCAUCACAUUCCCCACUGAAUAUGUGAAGACUCAGCUGCAGCUGGAUGAGAAGGCCAAUCCCCCGCGGUACAAGGGCAUCGCGGACUGUGUGAAGCUGACGGUGCGAGACCAUGGAGUAAAAGGGCUCUACCGGGGAUUGAGCUCACUGGUAUAUGGCUCCAUCCCCAAGGCUGCUGUCAGAUUCGGGGUCUUUGAGUUCUUGAGUAACCACAUGCGAGAUGAGACGGGGCGGCUGGAUGGCACGCGGGGACUGCUGUGUGGCCUUGGCGCCGGUGUAGCCGAGGCCGUUGUGGUGGUCUGCCCCAUGGAGACCAUUAAGGUAAAAUUCAUUCAUGACCAAUGCUCUGCCAACCCCAAGUAUAGAGGAUUCUUCCACGGUGUGCGGGAAAUUGUUAGAACGCAAGGCCUCCGGGGGACAUACCAGGGGCUGACAGCAACUGUUUUAAAGCAGGGGUCCAACCAAGCUAUCCGCUUCUUUGUCAUGACCUCUCUAAAGAACUGGUACAAAGGUGAUAACCCAAAUAAGGCCAUCAACCCCUUAGUCACAGGGGUGUUUGGUGCCAUUGCCGGGGCAGCCAGCGUGUUUGGAAAUACCCCGCUGGAUGUAAUUAAGACCAGGAUGCAGGGUCUAGAAGCGCACAAAUACAAAAGCACAGUUGACUGUGCGGUCAAGAUCAUGAAGCACGAGGGACCUUUUGCCUUUUACAAAGGGACUAUUCCACGCCUGGGGCGCGUGUGCCUCGAUGUUGCCAUAGUGUUUGUCAUCUACGAAGAGGUCGUGAAGGUUCUCAACAAGGUGUGGAAGACAGACUGAAAACGAGCGUGACCUGGAGGAACAAGAAGGACGAGCCUGUUCCACCACUGCAGGGGGGCGAGUUCUGGAAACAUUCCGUUAACUAAAAGACAAUAUUAGCCACAGCUGGUGCUUGAAGCAUCUUUUGUUUGCCCUUCGACUGUGUUGUUGAGGACUACCCCUGUGGCAUAUCCCAACUGAUAAUUUUAUUUGUGUAACAGAAUAUAUUUCUUUCGAAAAAUAAAUAUUAAAAAGACCAAAAGCCAAACCA